ACGAGGGGGCGGAGUUUACAGAGCCGGUGGGCGGUAGGCGGUGCUGCCGGUUUCUGGGUGCAGUUCAAAGGCGAGCAGGCGUCGUUAAGUGGACUAGGUGUGAUCGAUUGGGCCACGCUGAGCGUGGGACGAACCUUGUGGUACUGUUUGGCGACGAGCGUCCUUCCCUUGAUGUCAGCCCUCGAGAAGAGCAUGCACCUCGGCCGCCUGCCCUCUCGUCCUCCUCUCCCAGGCAGCGGGGGCAGUCAGAGCGGAGCCAAGAUGCGAAUGGGUCCUGGAAGAAAGCGGGACUUUUCCCCUGUUCCUUGGAGUCAGUACUUCGAGUCCAUGGAAGAUGUGGAAGUAGAGAAUGAAACUGGCAAGGAUACUUUUCGAGUUUAUAAGAGUGGCUCUGAGGGUCCAGUUCUGCUCCUUCUGCAUGGAGGAGGCCAUUCUGCCCUUUCAUGGGCUGUAUUCACGGCAGCCAUCAUUAGCAGAGUUCAGUGUAGGAUUGUGGCUCUGGAUCUACGAGGUCAUGGUGAAACAAAAGUCAAGAAUUUCGAAGAUCUGUCUGCAGAAACAAUGGCAAAAGAUAUCGGCAAUGUGGUUGAAGCUAUGUAUGGAGAUCUUCCUCCUCCAAUUAUGCUGAUUGGACAUAGCAUGGGUGGUGCUAUUGCAGUGCACGCAGCAGCAUCUAACCUGGUGCCAAACCUCCUGGGUCUGUGCAUGAUUGAUGUUGUGGAAGGUACAGCAAUGGAUGCACUUAACAGCAUGCAGAACUUCUUACGGGGUCGCCCUAAAACCUUCAAGUCUUUGGAGAAUGCUAUUGAAUGGAGUGUGAAGAGUGGCCAGAUUCGAAAUUUGGAGUCUGCCCGUGUCUCAAUGGUUGGCCAAGUCAAACAGUGUGAAGGAAUUACAAGUCCUGAAAGCUCAAAAUCUAUAGUGGAAGGAAUUAUAGAGGAGGAAGAAGAAGAUGAAGAAGGGAGCGAGUCAGUAAACAAAAGGAAAAAGGAAGAUGACAUGGAGACCAAGAAAGACCAUCCAUAUACCUGGAGAAUUGAACUGGCAAAAACAGAAAAAUACUGGGAUGGCUGGUUCCGAGGCUUAUCCAAUCUCUUUCUUAGUUGCCCUAUUCCAAAAUUGCUGCUCUUGGCUGGGGUUGAUAGGUUGGAUAAAGAUCUAACUAUUGGCCAGAUGCAAGGGAAGUUCCAGAUGCAGGUCCUACCCCAGUGUGGCCAUGCAGUCCACGAGGAUGCCCCUGACAAGGUAGCUGAAGCAGUUGCCACUUUCCUGAUCCGACACAGGUUUGCAGAGCCCAUCGGUGGAUUCCAGUGUGUGUUUCCUGGCUGUUAGUGACCUGCUCUCCACCCUGCUCUCAACAUUGAGCUCUGUUGUAAAUACAUCGCACCAGAGGCCACUGUGAUGCCGCUGUCUCCUCCUUACCAUCCUGCCCAGCCAUGUGACACCGGCUCCCCAUAGAUGGGCAUCCCUAGCUGUAUAAACCCUGUCGAGUAUUCCUACCCAAAGCAUUGUUUUCCAGGCCCCUUGUCCAACAUUGGCCUUCCCAGUCUAGAGUCCUCAGCUCUUACCCCUUCUCUGGGCAGGGGUAGCCCUGCCUGUUUUCCUUGCCUUGCUUAGGGUGAAGCCUCCAGAGCUAUUACCCUGGGUUUUGAUUCAUGGCAUCUGGCAAAGCACCUGGGUCCAAAUGUUUCCUCAGGCUCAGGGACCUUCAUUCCUUGAUGUUGUUCUUGGCAUGGUCCUGCCCUACCUCAUGGGAUGGACAGUGCACAGGGUGAUCCUUAUUUCCUCCCUUUCAAAUAAAAUACCAGUCAGGUACCUUUUUAUCCCAGUCUUAUUCUUAACAGGUUCAGAAGACCCAGAGAAGCCAGGAUCCCAGCCUUAGGUACAGGGAGAGGUGGUGGAUAGCAAGCAUCACAAGAAAUCAGCCUGAAAAGUAGGUCCAGCCAGUCCAAGCACAUGGCCUCCCAUCUGGGUGAGCCCACUAUCCUACUCCCACAUGUCUGGGCACCUGCCCCGGGCUGAGGCCAGGCUGCUCCAGGGGCUUCUUGAGCCCUUUGCUGCCCAAGAGCAACCCAGGUUAAAUACAGCCCAUGCACAAAGCCACAGGCUGAAGCCUGUGGGAUUGUUUUUAGUAAUUUAACCGUUUUCGUAGUUGGUUCCUGGAGGUGUGCAGAGUGCCCACUUGCCUUUUCUACCUUCUCAUUGCCAUUUGUGGUUUCCACGUCACUCUACAUUACAACCUUGCACCCCAAGUCUUUGCCCUUGUCUACCUGCCUCAUCCUAGCACUGAGGUCUCUCCUCCUGCCCAGGCACGCCAUUUUCAAGGGCAAGGAGGGGAAGUCUCCUAAAGCCCAUCUUUUUUGUGACUGUCUAGGUAGUCCCCCUCCACCUUUCACCCAACAGCUUCCUUUCCCUGUCCUGCUGCAUGGUCCAAAGUUUGGGACCUACUUUGUUUCUUUGUUAUUUAUGAUCUUGUUUGAAGAAAAUAAAUAUUUCCCAACCUUUA